AUGCCCGUAGGUGUUGCAAACGAACUCAACGACGGUGCGAGUACUAUUGUCGACAAUGAGGACGAGGGUAAGCAACAGGCGGAUGCGCUCUUCAAGAAAACGGCGGACGCUCUGCCACCAGCUCGUUUCAUCGCUGGCGACAAAAGCCGCACCCCAAGCAUCCAGAUAGGUCGCCUGAACCCGCGACGCGUCAACUCAACAUUGUCGCGUACAAACCGUUAUAAAAGCGAGGCGAAGGAGAACGAAUUUCCCAUCAAGCCUGGUGCUUUAUCAACUGUAUCGUCCGGUCCACUACAGAUCCAACUCUCUCUUCAUAAACCCAACCUACUUCAACAACCAUCCUCAUCCACCAUGCGCAUUUCUGCCGUUCAUGUCAUCCUCGCCAUGACCCUUUCCGCGUACGCUCUCCUAGCGACGUCGCUAGGCGCUCGUCAAGGCGACGUUUAUGGAGGCGGGAACAACCCUCCUUCAGGCGAUGGCGGACAAAGAUUCAGCGGUAAUGGCGGGCCUCCCAGUGGUGGUCCAGAACAAGGACCACCAGGUGAAAAUCAUGGCGGCCAGCAGCCCGGCCAGAAUGGUCCUCCAAGCGAUCCUCCUGGGAUGAACGCAGGUCAGGGCGGUUAUGGUGGUCUGCCAGGUCAACAACUGGGACAGGGUCCUCCGAACGGAAAGAACGGCCCUCCUGGGGGACAGGGAGGUCACGUUAAAGGUCGAGGCAAUCCACCACCACGACCUGGCAGUCAGAACAGUCCUCCUAGAGGGAACGGUAAUCUCGGUGGCCAAGGAUCCAAUGGACCACUGGGUGGCGAUCAGCACCCCCGGGGUAAUCCACCAAACGGUCAGGGAGGACCACAGGACGGCGGUCUGCCUCAGAAUGGGCAUGGUGGACCUGGGCAACAGAAUGGAGGAGGGAAUCGACGAAGUGAAUGGGCCCACGAGUCUUCGGUUCAGCCGAACAUGCGAAGAAUGGAACGCGGAAGAAUUGCGAUAACGAUAUUUUCCCUGAAAAUUACCUCUCUGCAAGGACAUGUUUUCAGCAAAACUGGAGAAACGAUCAGUCAUGGACUGAACAUUGAAGAAAAGGAGGUACCUGAAACUUUGUGGCACACUACUCUGAACAACCAAACAUCAACAUGCCGUUGCCGAGGUUUUCCACCCGUCAACAACCUUUCUCAGCAAAUACGCGAGGGCUUCGACUUCGGAAUUACCCUUCCGAAAUAUGCGGUCAACAGCAUUGGGAUUUGCCUGCAGUUCAUGACGACCUGGGAAAGGGCAGGGAAAGCAUAA